AUGCCGGGUGUUGUCGACGCCGUUGGUGCCGCGGCACGCCCGUUUGAUCUGGGAUUCAAUGUGGGACAUCAAAAAGUUGAACUUGAGAUAGAUCUAGCCUCCAAAAGUCUCAAAGGAAAGACAGAAAUCACAAUUCACCCUCGCCGCAGAGAUCUGGGGACAAUUUGGUUGAAUUUUCGACAAGGCCAGGUGAGGCAACUGAGCGUGAACGGCAAGCCUGCAACAACAAAAUACACCGACCCAUACGAUUCGCUACACCUGUAUGGCGUACAAUAUCAUGAGCGAUUGACACCAAAGAUCCAUAGCCUCUUACAAACUCCUCCGAAACCUAACCUGCCCAUCACGAUUCCAAAAGGCGUCCGCAUUGAUGAAUUAGAUCCAUCUUCAGCUGAAGCCCAGGAUCAAAUCGCCCUUCAAUCUACCGUCGACAACGUCGAUGGUCCUUCGAGUGCCAGAGCACCAGAGGCAAACCUUCCGCGAUUCACGGCUCUCACGGUGAACAUCGAAUUUGUUAUUGAUAAUAUCCGGGAUGGUUUACAAUUCGUCGGUGUUGAGAAUGGAGAUCGAAGGUACCCUCAUGCCUAUACUACCAACUCACUCGAAUCUGGCAUCGGCUGUCCCUUAUUUCCAUGCGUGGACGAUAUGUCCUCGCGAUGUACCUGGGAGGUCUCCAUCACAUGUCCCAGCUCUCUUGGUGAUGUCUUUAACCGCAAGAGCCACGACGUGUCCGGUGCAACAACCCCAUCCCACUCAAAAGUCCCGAGUCGCCAACUUUCUGCGGAAGAUGAGGAACUUGAUAUGUCCGUGGUGUGCUCUGGCGACUUGACUGAUGACAUUGUCGACCCCAAAGACCACACCCGCAAGACAGUUUCCUUUGCGUCAUAUUCGCCUCUCGGUGCGCUGCAGAUCGGAUUCGCCAUUGGUCCAUUCGAGUAUGUCAAUCUAGCCGACUUCCGAGAAAGUGAUCAGGACGAACAACUUGGUCAAAAUGCCAUCCCUCUGCACGCAUUCUGCCUCCCAGGUAGAGCCGACGAAGUUCAGAACAGCAGUUUCCCCAUGGCUCAGGCUAUUGACUUCUUCUCUUUAUCAUACGGCUCGUAUCCAUUCGGCAGUUACAAGGUCUGUUUUGUCGACGACCUGCCAACUGAUAGCCUUCCCACUGCUUGCAUGUCUAUCUGUAGCAGUCAUCUGCUCUUCCCAGCCGAGAUGAUCGACCCCAUGUAUGACUCCACCCGAGCUCAGGUGCACGGUCUGGCAUGUCAGUGGACUGGAAUCAAUAUUAUUCCUAGCGAGCCCUCGGAUACAUGGGUGACAGUUGGUGUAGCGUGGUACAUUACCGAUACGUUCAUGAGAAAGCUUUGCGGAAACAAUGAAUACCGUUUCAGAUUGAAGCAGGCAUCUGAUCAAGUCUGCGAAUUGGAUUAUGAGCGCCCGUCGAUUUACGACAUGGGAAACAUUCUGAAGGUUGACCCCUCUGAAUAUCGCUUUGUUGCAUUAAAAGCUCCUUUGGUCUUGUUCAUUCUUGAUCGACGACUAACCAAGGCGAGUGGUAAGGCCACGAUGUCGCGCAUCAUAUCUCGGCUUUUUUUGAACUCUCGCAUGGGUGAUAUACCCAAUGGAGCUGUCACCACGUCCCUAUUCCAAAAGACCUGUGAGCGACUCGGUCACGCAAAGUUAGACGUUUUCUUCCAACAAUGGGUGUACGGUGCGGGAUGCCCGCGAUUCCAAGCCACACAACGAUUCAACAAGAAGAAGCUUGUUGUUGAAAUGAUGAUCAGACAGGUCCAAUCUGAACCACAGCCCCCUCGCGAUCUCGACAAGGAUUCUUUCUUGCGUGACGUGAAGGAAGAGGUCCGGCACGUCUACGCGGGCGCAGUUCAACCAGUCUUCACAGGGUCAAUGACCCUUCGGAUUCACGAAGCAGAUGGAACUCCGUAUGAACACAUCGUUGAAAUCAAGGAGGGAGUGACGAAGUUCGAUAUUCCAUACAAUACGAAGUAUAAAAGGCUCAAACGGAACAAAAAGCAGAGAGAACGAGCCGUCGCCUCGGGCGAUGCUGAAGUACAGGAAGAGGUCCUACUCUACUGCCUGGGAGAUGUGCUUCAAACUGAAGAGGAGACACAGUCUUGGCGCUUGGCUGACUGGACGAAAGAGGACGAAGAGCGAAUGGGACAGGAAUCCUACGAAUGGAUUCGAAUGGACGCAGACUUUGAAUGGAUCUGUAAACUGUCUCUCGGUAUGCCAGGGUACAUGUAUCUUUCGCAGCUUCAGCAAGAUCGAGAUGUUGUGGCCCAACUCGAGUCGCUGCAAUACAUGGCUGCUCAGCGAGAGCAUCCUCUCAUUUCCACAAUCUUUGUUCGCACACUCAUGGAUAGUCGAUACUUCCAUGGCAUACGUACCACGGCUGCACGCGCCUUGGUAAAACACGCCAAGGAUGAAAUUGAUUGGGUUGGAUUGUUUCAUCUCGAGAAAGCGUUCCAAGAGCUUUUCUGUCUCCCGGGAUCGCCCAUGACUCGCUCGAAUGAUUUUUCCGAUCGAGCGGCCUAUAUCCUCCAACAAGUCAUCCCCGACGCAAUCUCUAAAGUCCGUGACAACAGUGGCAAAACUCCACUAAGGGUCAAGCGCUUCCUGUUUGAUAAGCUGAAGUUCAAUGACAAUUCGAACAAUGAAUACUCGGAUAAUUUCUACGUUGCAUCGUUGAUGAAGUCACUAUGCCAUGCCAUGCUCGGCAAAAGUGAGUCGCGGACAGAUGAGGAAUUAGACCAUUUCGAUAUGGAACGUGUUCUCGAGACUCAGGCCGAGGAUCAACUGGAUAAGGAUGCCAUUGCCGAGUUUGACCGCUACAGACGAAUGGACGAAUGGUCUAGCUCCUUCCAAAACUUAUACUCCCGAGCCGCACUUCAAUGCCAGGCGCAAUUAAUGCAAGCCAAGAUGAUGGACCUGGACUUGAUGCGUUUCAUCCCAUAUACGCGAGCAGGCACCUAUGACCUUCUCCGGAUGCAAGCCUUCCAAUGCUUGGUCGACCUAGACAUUUCUCAGAGCCCGGAGCUUCUUCGAUGGCUCAUGUUCACAUUGUCGGCCGAUUCAUCGCCCUGGGUACGUCACCAGUCUUUACGUUUGCUCGGUCAGACCCUAGCACAAAUUGCUUUUGGCCGUCCUCAACAAACUGAAACCUUCCAAAACGAUGGUUUGAUCAUCGAGCAAGAAUCCUCCACCCAAAUUCGCCGAGACGACAUCGCCCGACGCCAAACCAUUCCCGGCGCCAUCGAAGCCCUCAAAAGAGAGCUUUCUGGCGACCCAUCCAUGAAGGAAUCCAUGUGGGCAGCGUGCAACUCGCCGUGCAUGGGUCUCUUGGAGCUGUCCGAGCUUACUGAUCUUUGCCGUACACUGUACGACCCAGUCACCUCCAAGCUCGUGCGGAUGAAACUUCCUCGAUAUUGGAGUGUGCAAAAUCAAGGUCAUGGCAAGUUACGUUUCUAUCGAUCUACUAAAGCCCGCAUGGGUCCGUCUUCCAAGCGCAAGCGCGAGGAUCAGGGCAUCCACGCACCCUCAUCAACCCGCAUCACAUUCAAGCAAACCAAGACUGGCCUGGUCCCAGGAACCCCAACUCCUAAUCCUCUCCCCAAAAUCCACAUUCCCAGACCAUCGCCCGCACCAAGCGCCAUUUCCAAAACCCCUGCCACAUCUACACCCAAGCUCAAGCUCAAGUUUGGUGGUCGACCAACAUGA